AUGGGUCGCCUCGCCCCGAUGAUCAUCCCCGCGCUCCUCGUCGUGGUUCUGUGCUGUCCGGGAUGCGGCCGCGCCAACUUCGCGCCUUUCCACGAGCUGGGAUCCGCGGAGCGGAUCCCGGUGGAGAAGAAUCCCGCGUCGCACGGACCGCAGAUCGACGCCGGCGACUUCCACGGCGAUCCGUACGGUGCUUACCCGGGCCUGGGCUUCGGGCCCAUGGGCCCGGUGGUCCGCUCGGCCCUGCCAAACGAUGCCACCCUGCGUAGUCUCUCGUCGGCCAGCAGCGACGAUGCCGAACAACGGAAUAUCCCUAAGGAAUCGCAGCUCGCCUCGGCGCGCUCCGGCGACGACGUCGCGGUCGGCGACUCCUCCUCGAGCGGCAACGAACAUUCGCCGAAACCAGAAUAUCGCAUCGUCAGCGUCGAAUUCACGCGCGUCGAAACGCCCUUUCUCAUCGGGAUUUGGAUCUUCUUCGCCAGCAUCGCAAAAAUCGGCUUCCACAUGGCGCCGAAGCUCAACAAGAUCUUCCCGGAGUCCUGCUUGCUGAUCGCCGUCGGCGUGAUCGUCGGCCUGCUGCUGUUCCAGGCGAGUAGCGUCCACAUUUCGCCACUGACACCCGACACGUUCUUCCUGUACAUGCUGCCGCCCAUCAUCCUGGACGCUGGUUACUUCAUGCCCAAUCGGCUCUUCUUCGACCAUCUCGGGACGAUACUUCUGUUCGCUGUCGUUGGAACUAUAUUUAACACGAUGUCGAUAGGUGUGUCACUAUGGCUGUUGGGGAAAAGCGGUAUAUUCGGUUGCGAGACGCCUAUCCUCGAUAUGUUCCUAUUCUCGGCGUUGAUCAGUGCUGUCGAUCCCGUAGCCGUGCUGGCCGUCUUCGAGGAGAUACAUGUGAACGAGAUACUCUACAUCGUCGUGUUCGGAGAGAGUUUAUUGAACGACGCGGUCACUGUCGUGCUCUAUCACAUGUUCGAGACGUACAGCGAGAUGGGCCCUUCUAGGAUCAUUUACACGGAUGUGCUGUCGGGCCUAGCCUCGUUUUUGGUGGUGGCGAUCGGUGGUACGGUCAUAGGUAUAGUUUGGGGUUUCGCUACUGGCUUCGUGACCAGGUUUACUCAUCAGGUGCGCGUGAUCGAGCCGAUAUUCAUCUUCGUGAUGGCGUACUUGGCAUACCUCAGCGCAGAGAUCUUCCACUUGUCCGGCAUAUUGGCAAUAACCUUCUGUGGUAUUACGAUGAAGAAUUACGUUGAGGCCAAUAUAUCGCACAAGUCUCACACGACCGUCAAGUAUACAAUGAAGAUGCUGUCAAGUAGUUCGGAGACUAUUAUAUUCAUGUUUCUCGGCGUCGCCACAGUGAACAAUGCUCACAACUGGAACACGUGGUUCGUUGUCAUGACGAUAGUCUUCUGCUCCGUUUAUCGGGCCGUGGGCGUGAUAGUGCUGACCGCGCUGGCGAAUCAGUUCCGGCUGCACAAAUUGGACAAGGUGGAGAAAUUCGUCAUGUCCUAUGGCGGUCUACGCGGCGCCGUAGCAUUCGCCUUGGUGCUUCUUAUAGAUCCAAGACACGUGCCUCUGCAGCCCAUGUUCGUCACUACCACUAUCGCCGUUAUCUACUUUACCGUGUUCAUCCAGGGAAUCACCAUCAAACCUCUCGUCAAAAUCCUCAAUGUCAAACGGGCGGAGAAGAGAAAGCCGACGAUGAACGAGAGAAUCCACGAGAGGAUAAUAGAUCAUACGAUGGCGGGUAUCGAGGACAUUUUGGGAAAACACGGCAACUAUCACGUCCGAGAUAAAUUCAAGCGAUUCGACAAUAAAUUCAUCCGACCUUAUCUCGUGAAAGAUCAUUGCGGCGCCGAGCCGAAGAUUCUGGAAACUUACUCGAAGCUGGCGAUGAAGGAUGCGUUAGAUUACAUAAGAAGAAAUGCUUCCACUAUCGGCAACAUUAGCGGCACCGAAAGUAUGUCGGCGAUAUUCCGUAAUUACAGCAAUACCGGACAAUUCAAUGGAAGUCCCAGCUGCAGCCAGCUCGAAACGGGAUGGAAUAUCGAUCUGCAGGAACUGGAGUACAAUCCUUCCAAAAAAGACCUAACGGACGCGAGAAUUCACCAUCUGCUCGCCGAAGAGCUUUGUAAACCAUACAAAAGGCAUCGACGUUUGAGCUACAGUCGACACGCGGUGAACGAUCGUGAUCUCUCGACACAAGUCAAUUAUAAAAUGCACAUGAAUAUUCGACGGAUGAUGGGAGAGCACAAGCAUCGCCAUAAACGCAGCAAAAAGUUGCUCAAAGACGGCAAACAGAAUCAUGUUAGUUUCCCAGAAUUUCAACAGCAGAACGGCUCGACGAAGCUAUUUACGCAAGAUUACAUCAAUGGCGUGCUGUAUGAGUUAGAAAACGGAGAAACCUCAAAGCCCUCCAGCAAAGAGGAUUGGGAUUCAGCGAUCACGUUCACCGCGCGAACGUCCGAUUCACCGAAUGUAAACGCGGACAAUCAACACGCUACCACCGCUACUACGUCGAUGGACACAAUAAAUACGGACGAAGGAGACUUGAAAAUAGGACGCGACGGUGCGGAAGGCUACAGAGUAACCACCCCUACGGCUACGGAAACUAUGUUACCGUGGAAACGUGAGGACGAUUACGAAUCGGGUCAUCCGAUCAAACAGCACGAAUUUCCAGCUUGGUGUUCCAAUAAAGAAUACCUUGCCUACAGUUCGCCCUCUGCCACUUUCUUAGGUGGGAUCGAACAACCGAAAGUCCAAUCCGUGAUUGGCCUAUUUCGACGCGAGAGCGUGUGCACGCCCGACAGUAUCGAUUGCCAGGAGACCGUCGACGAGGUGGACGAGACGGACGAGUACACCCCCGCAGAAAUGGAUUCCCCCGCGAAAACCAAGGGCAACCCGAGGAGGGUACCCGCGAGGAGGGUGUCAAUGAUGGAGCUCGGCUUCGCCGACCGAGCUCGCUCGGUGGACAAAGCGGUGAACGACGGAUCUCACUCCUUACCGGACUGCUGGAAUGUCCAGAGAGUACGCCUUAAUUCCCUCGCCUGCUCGCCCGCCCAGAUGCCGACCCUGUCGACCGCUCUGAUCGCCUCUUCUACGUCGGAAUCGUCAGAGGAUGUGGAGGACGAAGAAGAGGAGAGGGCUUGACCCUUGGGGACCGUCGCAGAGGAGCGACCGUCCUCCUUCACGGACGUCGAGCGUCGACGUCGUCGGCCCUUCCGACGACCACCACGACACUCGUUGCUCACUUCGCUCCUGCGACGACCUAGUGCCCCCGUUUGAGAAGAUCUGCCCUUGACGAGCCGCCUUCUGCAGGGGGCAUCUCGCGAACCUGAAUCUCGUUAAUCUCUCGGCCUGAAUCUUGUUAAUACGCUUCAUAAAUACGCGAAACAAGACGAACUAGACGUUGCGAUGAAUAGAUUUCGGGAGAAAUGACUCUGUGCGAAGAGAGACUGCGAAAAACGCAUCGAAUCGCCUUCGAUUGAAUUUUGUACGAGGAGAAAUAUUUAGGAAGACGGGAAAAUUUUGCGUCAGAUCUGGAUCAGAUUACGCGAGAAGAGGGAAAAGAAGAAAAGAUAUUCUUUUAAAAAGUUAAUUAUGACAAGUUUCUCUGCGCAAUGGUAAUGCGAAAAAAUGAUGAAUCUCUUUGGAAUGAACGAUCUUCUAUUCAAGUUUGGCAUUCGGUAUUCGCGAGAUCUAGCUCUCGCCAAUUCGUAAGAAAAUGGAAUGCGUGUUGAAAUUUGAUGGAGAUCGCUGUUUUUCUAUUUCCUUCUACACGCCGCGUGAAUGCAUUCGCGAGAACGAGAAGGCGCUUGUCAAGAGCAAGGGCUUCUUUCUAAAUCCGUCUUUAAGACGUCUUGGAAUUGUGGCCUUAUAAGGACUAUAAAAGUGCUUGGACGCCGACGAUUUGUACGUUACCGUCGUCGACGUCGUCAUCAUCGGCGCAAAAUUGUCGGUGCUAUCGAUAAAAGUGUGUUUGUGUUGUAAGAAUUGUUGCGCGUCGCCGUUAAAUGCGCCGCCAGCAUGUCCCAAGAUUUACCACGAGUACCUUCUCUCGGGACUGGAUUAGACGAUGAUCAUCGCUGUUGCGUACUUGGCGAUUAGCUUACGGUCAGACUAAUCGACUUAGUAGAAAAUUACAUAUAAAGUCGGAUUAAAACUUAUAAGUCGCUGCCACAAUUUACUAUAAAUUCUGAACGUAAUUCUGCCAGUAGGAUAAUGAGAAAAACUUGCGCUAUAAUGUCAUUUCAGGUAAAAAUAAUUUAAUUUCUAAUAAAAUAAUUCACGUAAUCUCUAAACUAUUUUAUGAUAUCAUAUUCUAUAAAGAAGAUUUAACUUGUAUCUCCACGUCGCUUGAUAAAAGAAAUACUUUUAUUCUUUCUCUCACAAGAUUUUGAACAACACUCAUUUCUCACAUCAAACUCUCACACUCAUCGAAUUGUCAAUUAUAUAGAUACUAUGACUCAUAUAUCUCUGUCAUGCGCUUUUGAAAUUAAUGAAAGAUGAUUCCAAUGAUAGAAAAUUGCGUAUUCGUUAAUCAUUCGAGGAAAUCUUUGUUAAGUCGAUAGUCUGGCCGCACAGCUUCGUAAACGACGACAGUCCAACAUUAGAUGCAUUAUAUCGUUAAUAGUCCCGUUAUCGUGGUUCUGACGCAUGCAUGUAACACAGCACGUCGCGGUAUACGUAGAUGACAUCCUGUAGCGACGCAUCCCCAGCUGAAUUUAGGAGAAUUAAUUCCUUUCAAGCGCGAAUGGUUACACGACGUUCAGUCAUCGACGAUGCAACUACCAAUUGCGUAGAACCAGACGAGAGAGGUGCGUACAGGCGCGCCGCUCUCCCUUCGAGCAUGGCCUUAAAAUAUCUUUCCAGCAAGCGGAUACUCGUGAGUAACAUGGUGCCUGGUGUAUGAUAAUACAUUGUUAUAAUACAUUGUUGAUAUCGCGCGGCCACGGCACCGCUUGGUCAAUAUUUAGCGAUUAAAAGCCGCCGCAGAAGCAUGUACAUACGGUUUUUCUUAGAGAAGAUACGCUAGAUUGUUCGACAUUCUCAUCAUCCUCAGCAGCAUUCUCAUCCUCACUAUUUUUGUUAUCGUUUAGUAUUAUUUCGUCAGUGGAGAGAGAAAGAAAAGAGAGAGAGAGAGAGAGAGAGAGAGAGAGAGAGAGAGAGAGAGAGAGAGAGAGAGGGCGAGGCGCGGAGCGCGACCACUAGACCAUUCGGUAUUCUAGUUAUUAUUGUUACACUUGUUACUAUCGCUAGUAUGUGAUUAUACUAGUUCUACUACUAAUAAUUAAUAAUGCAAUUAUAGCCAUCGCUCGGCGCGGGCGAAAAUCGAAAGCGUCGAGUUCUUGCUAGUUUCGAGGGGAACUUUGUCAACAGAGUCUUUUGAUAGUUGGAGACUUAUUUUGAUUACCAUCAAAAUACGAAUCGAGAAUAGAGAAUGAAAUUAAGAAGUGGGAUCGCCUCAAAUAGUGAAACCUUGUCAUCAGCCGUCCUAAAUAUUUUUUUAUUGUAGGUAUAUUACUGCAGAAAUUGUUAUCUUCCUUAGAACUAUUCUUUUCAGUUGAAUGUGUCUUGCACAGUUCAUCUUUUCUCCUUUCCUUUAUCUAUACAAGGGAAAAUAGGGAAAAAAGAUCGAUGAAUCGUGCGAAAUAAGGUUCAGCUAUAAAAGCAACAUACCUCAUUUUUUAUAUUUGUUUUCGCGACACUUAUAACAGUAAAUACCAAUUUUAUUAUUGCUACAAUUAGCUUAGAUUUUCAAUAGACUCUUGAACCUUUAACUUUUAACAAUUACCUCAUGGCUCUUUGGGACCCUGUGAUUUUUAUACUUCCUUAUAAAUGCAUCGUAAUACGGAUCAGUACUUAAUUUAACGUACGCGAUCUCUGAUACCGAACCACUUUUCUAUCUACGUAAGGGUGACAGGGUAUAAGUUUGCUUUAUAAAAAAAAAGAACAGAGAAAAACACGGGAAGUUUUUUGUGACGAUAAAUAAAAAUGAUUUCGCACAGAUUUGGAAGUUCCCCUCGCAUGGAAUAUUCCUCGCGGCCUUUAGUUACUUAGACCGGAUAAAAAAUGUCGGACUAGUCUCUAGGUGCUAGUCUCUACGCUGUUGAUUUGUUA